CACUCCGUUGCCAUUUGUAUUACGACCCAAAACAAAUGUUUAAAUGGACGCUUCGUCCAUUAUAACUCAGGUGUCACGGGACGACGAGCAAUUAAACAAUUAUGGAUCCGACAGAGGGUCAUCCCCUGGCGGGCAGCAUGAGGGUGACGGCACGCCGGUGUCGGGGUCGACACCGGUGGGGAGUAAAAAGUCGAGCGGGACGGGCGGGUUCCUGCGAUCAUUGCUGUGCUGCUGGCGCGGCGGAAGAGGCAAGGGCCCGCCUGGGGGCACCGGCACCAACAGCAUCGAUGGCCGAGCUUCGCCGCCCCUGCUGGUUAUGUCCGAUCAUGCCCCACGACCGCUUCUACCCCCAGUGAGACACCAAGAUAUGCAUAAAAAGUGUAUGGUCAUAGACCUUGAUGAAACGUUAGUGCACAGCUCCUUCAAGCCUAUAAACAAUGCAGACUUCGUGGUGCCGGUAGAAAUCGACGGUGCCGUGCACCAAGUGUAUGUACUGAAACGACCUCACGUCGAUGAGUUCUUACGGAGGUGCGGCGAGUUGUACGAAUGCGUACUUUUCACCGCAUCGCUGGCCAAGUACGCGGACCCCGUCGCUGAUCUGUUGGACAGGUGGGGCGUGUUCCGCGCACGGUUGUUCCGCGACAGCUGCGUGUUUCAUCGCGGCAACUACGUCAAGGACUUGAACAGUCUCGGGCGGGAUUUACGACGCGUCGUCAUCGUCGACAACUCGCCCGCUUCGUACAUAUUCCACCCGGAUAACGCUGUACCUGUCGCGUCGUGGUUCGACGACAUGACUGACUCAGAAUUGUUGGACUUAAUACCGUUUUUCGAGAAACUAAGCAAGGUGGAUAGUGUGUAUACAGUGUUGCGGAAUUCGAACCACCCUUACAACCCGACACAGAAUAACUCUCCGCCUACAUAGCGGCUGUUGGUGUCGUCCGCCCCCCGCCCGCUGUGUCUGCAUCCCCCUGCCCACCGCGGUAGAGUGCGCAGUGCAUGCGCGCAAUGCGAGGCCCCCCCGGUCGUUCCGCCCCCCACGCAUCCAGUAGCAACCUUCCUCGAAACACUCAUAAAGAAAGGAGCUAACUUCGUCUUAAGUGCCAAUUUUGCCUUCUGGAUAGUAAGGACGUUAUUUAUACCUAUUUUACAGUUUAGGUAUUUCUUAGUGCGUAAGUGGUCUGUAUGAUGGAUUUGUGAUUUUUUUAAUGAUUAUGUUUUGUUUUAUUAACACUCGCUAGUAAGCUUGCGGUUCUACGCGUAUCUUUGAUUCGAACUUUGAAAAACAUAUAUUAAUGGACUACAAUCGCGAAUAAAAGUUUUAAAAUAAUGUACCUCUAUAACUGAGAAUUCUAAUUGAACACUUUUUAUAUCGUGCUUGGGAUCAAAUAUGAAUAAGUUAGUGUAUUUUCGUCUAUUCGAAACAGCCAUAAUAUCGUUUUCGCCUCGAUGUUGUCAUUAACGCAAAAUGUGUAAUUAUGAAUGAAAUCCUUUCGCGCUUAUGAAUUGGGGACAUUAAUCGACAAUAAUGUGAAUCUUAAGAGAAUGUCGGCAUGUAAUAGGAUGUGUUAGAUACUUGCUAAUUAAGUUCCUGUCUGUUUAUUGGAGACAACAAUACUUUUUACUAACAAUUAUGGCUUAUUAUCAUCCAUAAAGCAUGCAUGUUGAUCUGCAGGCUGGGUGCGUUUCCGCUCCCGACAGCGGUCUUAUUAGAACAAUUUAGAAAAAUGAGCGAAUAAAGACUAUAAAUCUUCUCUUUGUAUAGGGCAGGAUUUGAAAUUAUCAAGAUGUUUAUUUUGUUUGAUAAUUAUCAUGAUAAUUAUAUCAUCCGAUAAUUAUCCGUGAUUAUUCAUAGAUUCAUUGAAAUAGAAAACUAAAUAAACGUUAAAUAACAUCUUUAGGAAAACGAUUUGGUUUGUAACUUUUUGAGAUUGACUCAAACUCGUAUCUUAUAAAGAGUGAGUUGUCAGGAGAUGACAAAACUUUCUAUUUAUUUUAAAUUUGUUAUCAAGGGUGUUAGUUUAGAUGCAUUACUUCAAGAAUAGGUGAAAGCCAGUGUGUGAAUAUGAAGAAAAUGUGUGUGAAAUCG